AUACAUAUAUAUACCCACUAAAGAACGCAAAUAAUCGUAGUUUAAUUUCUUAAUGACAAAGGAAAUUUUACGACUAUCAAAGCUAUUAGAAAAAGAAAAAUACACACAAGUUUGGUGGUAAUUCAACCGUUUUCAGCGGAAGGCAGAAGAAGGGAGAAGAAAAGUUGGAUCUGAGACGGACUUGGAUUGGAUCUCUUUUGCAAAUUGGUUGGAUCUGAGAUUCUGAGCUCUCUUCUCUCUCUCUCGACAUCGAUGGAUCUCUCUUGUCGCUUCUCAUCGAUCCUGUUCGUCCUCGUCGCCCUCUCCAUCUCCGUCGCCGUUGCCGAGAUCCGCAAAUCGGAGAUCCGAUCCGAUGACCGGCCCAUCAUCCCCUUGGACGAAUUCGGCUUCACUCACUCGGGUCGCCUCGAGCUCGACGCCUCCAAGAUCUCUCUCUUCUCCGAUAACAACAAUCUCGAUAACCUCGAUCUCUCCAAGGUCGGCUUCUUCCUCUGCACAAGGGACGCUUGGGUUCACGUGAUCCAGCAGCUCGAGGAAGAAGAGAUCACCUGCGCCCUCCAGUCCGAUCUCGUUAAGCAUGUCUUCACCUUCAACAAUCUCAACAAGAAGGCGGCGAGUUUCUCCACGGUCUUCACCGAGAACGACGCCGAUCAGUACUCGCUCGUCUUCGCCAACUGUCUCCAGCAGGUCAAAGUCUCCAUGGACGUCAGAUCCGCCAUGUACAACCUCGAAGGUAAGAAGGGCGGCCGCGACUACCUCUCCGCCGGCAGAACCGUCCUCCCCAAGGUCUAUUUCCUCUUCUCUGUCAUCUAUUUCUCUCUCGCUGCCACUUGGAUCUACGUUCUCUACAGGAAACGCCUCACCGUUUUCGCCAUCCAUUUCUUCAUGCUCGGCGUUGUUGUCUUGAAAGCCUUGAACCUUCUCUGCGAGGCUGAGGACAAAUCCUACAUCAAGAAAACCGGCAACGCCCAUGGCUGGGAUGUCCUCUUCUACAUCUUCAACUUCCUCAAGGGUAUCACUCUCUUCACCCUCAUCGUCUUGAUCGGAACGGGUUGGUCCUUCUUGAAGCCCUACCUUCAGGACAAGGAAAAGAAGGUCUUGAUGAUUGUCAUUCCCCUCCAGGUUGUCGCUAACUUUGCCCAGGUCGUCAUCGACGAGACUGGCCCAUAUGGCCAAGACUGGGUCACUUGGAAACAGAUCUUUCUGCUUGUUGACGUCGUCUGUUGCUGUGCUGUUCUGUUUCCCAUUGUGUGGUCCAUCAAAAACUUGCGCGAGGCUGCCAAGACCGACGGCAAAGCUGCUGUGAACCUUGUCAAGCUAACUUUGUUUAGGCAGUACUACAUCGUGGUUAUCUGCUAUAUCUACUUUACUCGCGUUGUCGUGUAUGCACUGGAGACAAUUACUUCUUACAAGUAUAUGUGGACGAGUGUUGUUGCCAGCGAGUUGGCCACGCUUGCUUUCUAUCUCUUUACUGGCUACAAGUUCAGGCCAGAGGUGCAUAACCCGUACUUUGUUGUUGACGAUGAGGAAGAAGAGGCUGCGGCCGAGGCCCUGAAGCUCGAAGACGAGUUUGAAUUGUAAGUCAAGUCAUCACUUGGUGAUUCAGUAAAGAAACAUACUUUUGUUUUGACUGGACCAUUAUCAGGACCAAUCUGGUAAACCGGCUUCUCUUCUGGUUCUUUUUACUUUUUCUUUUGUGAUGGUUUACUAUGUUUCUUAGAAUGCAAUACCUGCUUUGUUUACUUGAGUUGUUAGGACACUUAUAUAUACUCUGAUGAAUGUCUUAUCCAUUGCCUAGUAUUAUUGUGUAUUAAUGGUAACGUAAAACGCCUGGUGCUUUUAUACCCUA